AUGGCAGCGGACAACCAGUUACUGAUAGUGACAAAUCUUGUCAACGGAAUCGACAUACACUCACUGCCUCCAGGCCAACCACUGCGAUCAUUCACCCAUCCCAUUCAUCUCAAUGUUCCACUUCUCGUUUCUUCUGCGCUUCAAGGGUCUCUCAUAGUUGUUGGUGGAGAUAAUGGGUCUGCUCGGGUCUACGACUCCUGCGUAGGUCUACUUACGGUUCUUCCACAUGGACAAGUUGGAACACUGGUGCAGAUUGUUACGACAUAUUCCUCUUCAGAUGGAUGCCUUAUCAUCACAGGCUCCUCGGACUCAAACGGUGCUGCCAUCAAGGUUUGGGAACCUGCUAAGGUAAAGUAUCUUGAGCGCUAUUGUAAUUCAUGA